GUUUAGAUACUGAAUUUUCAUAUUUUAAAAUUCGGGGAUGAAAAUAACAUUUAGGUCCAAAAUACAUGUACUAAUUGAGAAUUAAAGACCCGCCGGGGCCACUUGGCCAGGCGCCCAGCACAAUAGACUAGACCCGAAGACGAUGUCGCAAAGUCUUCGGCGAGCCCGUCCGCCACGCAGGCCAAGUCAUUUUCUUCUCUUUUUCGAAACGAAAAAAUCUAAAAUGAGUUGAGGCUAGGCCUAAAACCUUCCCUUCUCUGAAACAGUAAAAACGUAAACUUUCACCCUCCCAGAACCAGAUCGCCCCAAACCAUGUCGAACUCGGAUCACCACCACCGCCAUCAUCAGAUGCAUCGACCACAACGUCUCUCACUGCCUUCUCGGAUCGCCUCUCCGGUCACCGUUGCCCCCACAUCCAGACCUUACCCUCUCUAUCCUUAUUCUUCCUCCACUCCAACGCCAACCCCAUCCAAAAAUCGCCUCUCUUCAUUCCCUUCCUUCAAUAACAGAGCAAAUAACAGGAAUACUAUUUCCUCUCUCUUUCUUCUCCUCUUCUCUCUUCGUUCUCUUUAUUCUCUCCUCCCCUUUCUUCGCGCUUCCCCUUCUUUCUCUUUCUUUCCCUUCUCCUUCCUCGUAUCUCUCUUGUCUUUUCUUUUCACCUUCGCCUUUUCUCUCCUCUCCCCUUCCGCCAGGGACCCUUUUCAACCACAGCAGAAACAACAACCCAUCUUCUCUUUCACCUUAAUUACACAAUCUCAGCAUCGUCUCCUCGUUGCCAAAUCCGUUCUUCUGGCUGUCGUCUUCCUCCUCAGAUUCCAAGCCCUUCGAUAUUGCGGUACUGCCGCAACCAUUCUUGCUGAAUUGUCCGGAAAUGUUGCAGCGAGGUUCUUCGCCGGGAGUGGGAAUUGGAAUUCUGGAGAUCGUAAUGGCAACUUGGCUUCUAAGGUUCGUGGGUUCUCUACCUUGUUUGCUGGGUUGUUUCUUUUGUCGAUUAGUUGGGAUCGGAUUGAGUGUUUUCCUCUGUCUUCUGUGAAUAUUGGAAAUGGGGAUUUGUCAUUGUUUCCUGGUGGCAAUUGUGUCAGGGUUUGGCCCAUGUUGCUGCCCUUUCUUUCUGGAUUUCUGGGCUGUUAUGAACGUUUGUCGAUGAAUUGGGGAUCAAUCAGGCAGUUGGGUCGGAAACGGGUUCGCUUGAUUUCACUGUUUUUCACAACAGUUGUGCUUUUCUUUCCAGCAGCAAUUAGCUUUCUUAUGUUUGAAGAAGAGGGAUAUGCUGUUUCUCUUGGAAACCUCGGUUGGCCUCUGGCCAAUACCGUUAUUUUUGGAGUUCUUUUAAGUGAAAAUUAUGGUGACGAGAAGUUAACGAAUCCCAAAGAUUUUCAGAGGGAUUUUCUGGUUACGUUCGCUUGCACUCUUGUUUUAGAACUAUUCUACUUCCCCGAGCUAUCGCUUUGGGGACUGCUGUUUUGUGGCCUUUUGCUGUGGGUCUCGGUUAGGCAGCUAGAUCCUGCUGCUUCAAGCUAUCCUGAACUAGGUUCAGAUUCUUCUGAAUCGUUUUCGUCAAUGAUCACAAAGCCUAUUCGCCAUAUAUUGAGUGAGAGGAAAUCCCGUAAGAUUGCACUUUUCCUUCUUAUUAAUACGGCCUACAUGGUUGUGGAAUUCGUUGCCGGGUUCAUGAGCAACAGCCUUGGUUUGAUAUCAGAUGCUUGCCACAUGCUAUUUGAUUGUGCUGCUCUAGCAAUUGGACUGUAUGCUUCGUAUAUCUCACGGUUGCCUGCAAAUAAUCAAUUCAAUUUUGGUCGUGGGAGAUUUGAGGUUCUAUCUGGUUAUGUCAAUGCUGUUUUCCUGGUUCUGGUGGGAGCACUAAUUGUUUUGGAGUCAUUCGAGAGGAUUUUGGAUCCUCAGGAAAUUUCAACUAGUAGUUUGUUAACUGUGUCAAUUGGUGGGCUUGUGGUGAAUGUAGUGGGUUUGAUCUUCUUUCAUGAAGAGCACCAUCAUGCUCAUGGUGGAGCUGGAUCAUGUUCACAUUCACACCCACAUUCGCACUCCAAUCACCAUCACCAUCAUCAUUCACAUGAUCAUGUGCUGGAGAAUAUGUGCCAUGAUGAGCAUCAUGAGUGCAUCUCAGUCUCCCAUGAAUCAUCUGAAAAAUCAUCAAGCACUGCCCAUAAUCACCAUGCCCAUAGCAACAACUGUGGAGACAAAAAAAUUGGGAGAAGUACAUGCAGCCAUGAUCACCACUGCUCUGAUCAUCAACAUAAUCACCAUGACCAUGCUUCUGACUACGAUCAACACAACCAUACUGAUCAACAUGAUCAUCAUGGCCAUCAUCAUCAUUCCGACCAUGAUCACCACAAUGAUACUGACAAACUUGAUCACUAUGGCCAUCAUCAUCACCAUGCCAGCCCUCAAGCCUGUGGAAGCAGUACUAUAGAUUCAAAAAAUUUGCAGAAUCACUUGCUUUUGGAUAAUGAACAUGGCAAGUCUCAGGUGCACAGAGACAGUUGUAGUCAUAGAGAGUGUACAUCUUCUCACACGCAUGCUCAGAAAUCAGACUUUCAUAGCCAUUCUACAUCAGGAAAUGAUGGGAAGUUAAAGGAAUCAUCAUCCAAGGGAAAAAUUGUUGAGGAACCUCAAAAGCACCAUCAUCACCACAUUGACCACAACAUGGAAGGAAUCUUCCUGCAUGUUCUGGCGGACACAAUGGGAAGUUUUGGGGUUGUAAUCUCAACCCUCUUAAUUAAGUACAAGGGAUGGCUCAUUGCAGACCCUGCUUGCUCAAUAUUUAUUUCACUGAUGAUUGUAUCUUCAGUGGUUCCGUUGCUGAGAAAUUCUGCAGAAAUUUUGCUUCAAAGAGUUCCAAGGGCUCAUGAGCAGGAUCUCAAAGUAGCUCUGGACGAUAUUACAAGGAUAAAUGGAGUUCAAGGUAUCCAGAAUUUGCAUGUUUGGAGCUUCACAAACACAGAUGUUGUAGGAACACUCCAUCUCCAUAUCUCUGCAGAAACUGACAAGGCUUUUACAAAGGCACAGGUGACACACAUAUUACAUGAUGCUGGAGUCAAGGACUUGACAAUUCAGGUGGAGCAUGUUAAGUAAAAUUGGUGGAAGCAUCAUCCAUGAAGUUCAAUACCAAAAUUAGGCCAUGUUUUCCAAUGGGUGAUGGUCUUCAUUAAUCUUGAGGACUAAAGCCAGUCACUUCAUUGAGCUAUUAGUGCUACCUCAAUUGAUGAUGCUGUGGAUUGUAUUCUGCGACUUCUGUCCAGUUCUUUUGUUGCUCUAUCAUUUCAGUUUUCAGGGACAUUUCAUUUGAAAGAGGUCAAACUGUCUCCAUUGGAUAUCCUCAGAGGUCUGAUGCCUAUAUUUUGCUGGUUGUAAGAUCAUCUUGCAGUUCCCACCUUUCGGGGUGACAGUUUUCCCUUGAAUUGUUUGGUGACUGUAAAGAAACAUGUGGAGGAUAGAACCUGCAGGGUUUGCAUUGCCCCUGUGCUUACAUUUAGUUUAAAGCCAUCUUACAUUGUCAAGUUUUUAAUUUACUGGUUAAAUGAAAACAAGAAAAUUUCUCCACUUAA